GGUAUUGGCCGGUGCCUUGUCCGUCGAUUCUGCGAGCUCGGAUACCGCGUCUAUGUCCUGGACAUACAGGAGGACGAGCUCGAGCACACCGUCCGCAAACACUUGAAGAAGUAUUCGGACGCGGGUCAGCUUGGCUAUGGCCUGUGCGAUCUGCGCGACACGGCUGACAUCCGGAAGCAUGUCGACGAGGCGGCCAAGUUCUUGGGCGGCAGGAUCCAUGUCCUCGUCAACAAUGGCGGCAUUGCCCACCCCUUCUGGAAGGAUGGGAAGACCAUGGCUGACCAAGAGACGUUGGAGGAAUGGAAGGCCUAUAUCGAUACAAAUCUCACGGCUCCCUUCGCUGUAUCUCAGGCCUGCAUACCAUACAUGCGCCACGAGGCCGACAGCCAGGAAGCCCGCCAUGACGACGACAGCGAGGCUGGGCCGUGCAUCAUCCACAUCAGCAGCUUCCGCGCGCACCACAGCGAUCCGAACCAGGAGGGCUACGCGAGCAGCAAGGCGGGCCAGCUGGGCCUGAUGCACAGCAUGGCCGUCAGCCUGUCGCAGUGGGGUAUCAGGGUCAAUGUCGUCUCGCCGGGCCGGAUCAAGGCGACGCACGAGUGCAAGGAGGGCGACGAGAAGGGCACGGAGUGGGCUCAUCUGAACGAGAAGCAGGACGUGGACGACCACUUGUCGAACCGGGCGGGGAGGCCCAAGGAUAUUGCGGACGCAGUCGAGUACCUGGUAGAUGCCGGGUUCGUGUCAGGACAUGAGAUUGUGGUUGAUGGAGGUGCGAGCAAGAUCAAGGCCCGGAUGGGCGCCAUUAACCUGCCAUCUGGUGGAUAG